AUGCAAAGCGUGACGUUCCACUCUGACAGUACAGAUGUUCUAUGGUGGAUUCGAGGACACGGCAAGGACUUCCGACCGUUCGUAACCAACCGAAUUGGUAAAAUACAGAUGUUCACUGUGCCGUCACAGUGGCAGCAUGUCUCUACCUCUACCAAAGAGAAUCCAGCCGAUUUAUGUACAAGAGGGGUCACGCCUUCAGAAUUAGCCAAAUGUUCCUUGUGGUGGAGUGGUCCUGACUGGCUGACAGAUGAUUUCAGUAAGUGGUCAAAGACGAAAGUCCCGGACAGACCUAGUGAAAUGCCAGAGAUGAGAAACUCGAAAAGGAAAGAAGACAUGAAUGCAUAUGCAACCCUUAUGACGUGUAAUCUUCAGAAAGGAACCGCAUCGAAACAAAGCUGCACGUUAAAAGAGUGGAGACUAGAUCCGAAACGGUUUUUCAAUUGGACACGUUUGGUUCGAGUACACGCGAGAGUGAGAAGAGUACUACAAAACAUGCGCAACAGAGACAACAGGAAUGAAACUAUGGAACUGUUACCCGAAGAAUUGAAGGAUGCUGAAGGAGAAAUAGUGCGCUUGGCACAACGCAACGCCUUUUGUGACGAGUACACAGCUUUGAGCUCAGGGAAACCGAUACCAAAGAAAAGCCAGUUGAUAAAGCUUAACCCGUGCAUUGACGACGAGGGAGUUAUCCGCAGUGAUGGCCGAUUAAAGUUCGCAGGUUUUCUUCCAUGUGAUACCAGAUUUCCAAUCAUUCUACCUCGUGGACACUGGGUGACGAAACUUAUCGUGAAGCACUAUCAUGAGAGAGGAAAUCAUGCUGUUGGACUAAACUUCACUCUUUUCCAGUUGAGUAAGAGAUUUUGGAUUAUCGCCGCACGCGAGGAGAUUCACCAGCGGGAUCGUGAAUGUAACGAAUGUAAGAGAGAACGAAACAAGCCAGCUUGUCAGAUUAUGGCCCCACUCCCGCAAAUGAGGCUCCAUUUCAGCUUCAGACCCUUCGCCCAAACAGCCGUAGAUUUUGUAGGUCCUUUCUAUACUGUUCAAGGACGCGGAAAACCACAACAGAAAAGGUGGCUGUGCCUUUUUGCUUGCUUGGAAACACGAGCAGUGCAUUUAGAGAUGGCCUGUGGACUGGAUACCGACCUGUUCUGA